AUGCCUGUCAUACCAGUACGGUAUGAAAGUUUGAAGGCGAUUCUGCCGUACAUGGACCCAAAUAUACGGUUCCAAAUCUCUCUACGCAUGCCAUCAAUCAGCUCCCUUGAGAGCCGUAUACCGCUGAAAAUUGAGAAUUUGACGUUUUCGAAAUUAUAUACGGAAGUGAAUAAGGCCUCCUACAAAGUUCGUGUAUACCGUGAUAACGGAGGUAACGAAAUUUCUUCCGAUGUCCUCAGAAUGAAUAAUGAUGGAAAGUCUUACAAUGACAUUGAUCAAUAUGGAGUCAUUAUUCAUCCCGGAUUGAACAACGUACUUCCAGGAGAUAUCGAUUUGAGAACCGCAGUUCAACAACGUGUUCCGUCAAAUACGGAGGAAUCGGAACGAAUUUUAGUCCUGCAACUGAGAAUUUUAAAAAUGCUGCUGGCCGAACGGUUGAAUCAGGAGUAUAUAGAAGACGACGAAACCAGGAAUGCGGGAGUUGGUGGACCUGUGAAUGCUUUCAAUGAGACGUAUCGAAGACAUAUGUUGAAUCAAUCAGUUGAAACAAUUCAAAGCAGGAUGCAGUCAUUUCGGGACCAGCUUAGUGCUAUUACUAAUCGUCGAAACAAUCAGAAUCUGCCAUACACUGCAUCGAUUCAGUUUACUAGACGGUCUCCAAAAGGAAUCACAAUCCAACGUGUUGCAUACAAAAAGUAUCUUUAUGAAGCGAAAAAGGCGGUGCACACGAAACUGUUUGGAAAUCGUGGUUCGAAUAUAUUAGUGAAGAAUCUGCAAAUCGGGUUCGGAAUUCCAAUUCUUCGUUUUCCCGCUGGAACUAUCUUGAAAAUUGAAAAUUUAGAAAUUGCGCUCUGGAAGUCACUUACAUUUGAAGGAAUCAAAAAUGAAGAGACCGUGAAGCAGUGUUUGGACACUUUGAGACAGAGGCAAGAAGUUCAAGGAUCUUCUGAAAAACAAGUUCAACUUCGUAUUAACGCUUCAUUGAUGCUCAAUGUUUCUUAUGAAAUGAUUGAACAACCUGGGAGAUUACUGAGAGAUGACCAAUCGAAGUGGUGGCUGAUACUGAAAGUUGUUCGCGGAAGAUCUGAUUAA